AAUAAACCCUCGGCGUUACAUUGUAAUUAUUGAUUUUAGCAACAAUGGGUAAUGCGCAGAGCUCCGUUGUUGCCUCGCUCUCUGCAUCCUGUGUGUAUUUAGUUUAUGUUCACAUUUACUGCUCUUAUAAGUUGUUGAAAACAAAUGUACUGAACCAGAGACUCCCAAGUUUUGUGUACCUUUACAUCAAAUAUGUAACCAAAGCCCUGACUCAGAGGACAGGCUACUUGCACAAAGAAACUACAAGUAGGCGUGAAGUUGUUUACACGGUCCUCAACUGCAGGCUGGAGACUCCUCUCCUGAGGAGGUUCUGCAGUGCUGCAGGUUAUGGUUGGGAUUAUCCAGACACAGAAUAUAGAGACAUCCCAAUGUGCUUCCCAGAGAUUCUCUGCCGCAGACUGCUGCUUAUGGUGCUCACUGAUGAAGGCUUCAGACUCAGCCCAGUAGGUCUGUUUCGUGUGCGUCAGAGUUUGAAAACGCUCCAGCCUAUUGAUGAACUGAAGAAGGGUCCGUUCAUGCUGCAGGUCCGAGUUCAGGAGUACCGGCAAAUUGAUGCAGGGGUGGAGGUCGACAUCGGUCUGUCUGCCACUUCUCGAACCGGAUGCUUAGUGUGGGAAAGUGUCCUGACCCUUCUGUCCAAGAACGGGCUCAAUAAAGCCAGCAUAUGCUUACCCGAGAAUGCACACGAAUGCCAACCAGAUGAGCCUGUGCCAGAAAAUGUGAAGCAGAUAGAGGUCAAAGUUCCCAGGACAACCGGACUGCAGUGUGUUUGGUACUUCUCGGACUACUCACCCUAUCGGCUCCUCUCUCUAGUGGCCAGGCUCUUUGGUUCCAGAUCGCAGACCGCACCAAGUCUCUGGAUGCUGUCUAUCUGUCUGGCUGAAAUAGAAAAGCACAAAGGGGUUGGCGUUAUCACUGCUCCCAUCAAUGUCACUGCCCAAUUUAAGGAGCCUCUUUUGGUACCAGGCAGAGUGAAGAUCAAGUUUUGGGAGAAAAACAGGGAUCAGUCUCUGGUCCAAGACCUCAGCUUCCACAUGCAACAACAUGGGAGCAACAAAUCUCACUUGAUGGGACUGAUUUCUAGGUGAUUGACUAACUAAUAUAUUGAUUUGAUCAUAUUAAAAAGAUUCAUGUCGUCCAAUAAAAUCUGAUUUGUUGUAAGACUACACUUUAAAAUCUUCCAUUGUAAAAUCAAAUGUGCAAUGUCCAGAUACAUAUGAGGAGCUGAUUUUAAAUACAUGCUGACAAUGCACACCUCUUCUUGUGAGGUGCUGCCUGGUUGCAGGUAGGCAUCAAGGGCCGUCAGGGACAGGUGCACGUUUGUAAGCCUGAUGCAAUGUCUUCAGUUAAUUAUACAGAUUAACAUUUCAGCAUAUCUGUGUUAAGUUUGUUGGUGGUAGGGCUUCUUGGAACAUUUUAAUAAAGGAUAUACAUAAACAUGUUCACAGGGGCUCACACUUAUGGACAAAAGCUAGACAUGAGAAAUGUCAAUCCUAAGGAGGAAGGUAAUGUGACUUUGAUGUCUGGGUAAGAAGUGAUGAGUUGUUGCCAGGAGGUGCUUAGUUUAGCAGAUGUCUUAAGUUUAAAAAAUAAAACGCCUAGCAACAGCUGUGCAUGUGCAACAUGUGCAUGCCUGCUGCGCGUCAAGAAAUUUGUACCAUGUGACUCCCAGUAAAAGCACUACUUUUUUACAUUUCCAUUUGUGUUCAAAAUAAAUAAAGGAGAUGGAAUCUGUGAAUUAGAUAAUCAUUUUUGAAUUUUGAAUCAGCCGUUUCCCCUUGCUGAGUUUUUAUGAUAGGCUAAGAUAAUUUGCUUCCUGCAGGCAAUGGCUCCACAUUUA